CUUCUCAAUUGCAAGAGUAUUGGGAGCAAAUUAGGGUUUAUGUUUUCGAAUUAGGAGUUUUCGAUUGCGCAGCCCUUAAGAUCGCCUUCCACAAACUCUCAAUGGAAGCGUGUCGAGUCAUAGCUGCGCUAAAUCGAAAUUUUUAUAAGGAAUAAGCAGGGCUUUCUUUUAACCAGCCGUGAUUCUCAAGAACUUUCAGUCAUCAACUGGAACUUGCUACUUUAUUAUCAUAGAUAUGAGAUUGCAAUGUAGUAGCUCGUUUAUUUACAUUCAACCAAUGUAUGUAGCUCUUUUGUAAUGUUGAUCCGCUUUGUAAAUUUUGCCAGUCGAUGGAACUUGGUAGUAAAAAGUAACUAGCUUCACAUUUCCAUAUUAUACUCGCAAUACAACACUAGAAGUGUCAAUUAAUUUUUCCUUGCAAGGCUUGAUUAUAUGCCUCAUUGUCUUGGAUGAGAUAAUUAGCCAAAUAGCAUCAGUGAUUCUCGAAAGCCUCAGUAUAUAACCUUAUCGUCUUGGACUCUCAAUAAUUUAGUUAAAAAGUUGUUAACCGACGUCAGACCGGUCUGUAGCCACGUAAACCAGAAUAUUUGAAAAAGGCCUGUAGGCCCAUCACAGGCAAACCGUCUAAGAAAAGCCCAAAGACACAAGCCCAAAACUUUCAGUAGGACUAUAAAUAUUCCCGUCGAGAUUCGUAUUGGAAUCUAGGUUCCGGUUAAGUUGUUAGUCUCAGAACAAAAAGAAGGAGAAGCGUAGAAUAGAAGAUGUCGUCGACUCUCCUCGAUCAAAUUCGCUGCAAUCACGAAGAGAUCGAAAGAUUGGAGCGAUUGGUUGUGCAAGAUCUACAGACUCAUCCAUCCUCGAGCAAGGACAGAUUAGUACAAGGCCACCGCAUCCGCAACACGAUUCACUCUAUCAUGCGCGCCAUCGAGAAGCUCGUUGAAACUUAUGAAGAUAAGGAUGGGGCUAGGGAUGAUGAGAUUGCUGCGCUUGGUGGCCACACUGCCACAGGGGUUAAUGUGUAUAGUGCGUUUUAUGAUCGUUUGAAAGAGAUACGUGAGUAUCAUAGAAAGUAUCCUUCUGGACCUCUUGCUGAUGCCACUGCGGACUAUGAAGCACUUCUGCAGGUGAAACCAGUUAUUUCUUUCAGUGGAGAGGAAGGAGUUGGUCGGUACUUGGACUUGCAUGAUAUGUAUAACCAGUACAUCAAUUCUAAAUUCGGGGACAGGGUCGAAUAUUCUGCUUACCUUGAUGUCUUUUCUCAUCCAGAGAAGAUACCGUGCAAACUGAAGCUUUCAAGGCAAUACAUGAAGUACAUGGAAGCUCUGCUAGAGUACUUGGUCAACUUUUUCCAGCGAACGGAGCCCUUGCAAGACCUUGACAAAAUGCUUUCCAAGGUUGAGACUGAUUUUGAAGAGCAAUUUGCAGAUGGAAAAGUGAUAGGCUGGGAGAGCCACGGCCAGGAAAGUAAACUUGUUCCAUCUGAGCAUACUGUCAUUGAUUUUGGUUACUACACUACAGUUGAUGAAUUGAUUGGUGUGGGACCUGAAAAGCUGAAGGAGGCGCUGGGAGCUUUGGGACUUAAAGUUGGUGGUACUCUGCAGCAGCGUGCCGAGAGACUUUUCCUGAUAAAGAAUACGCCUCUGGAAAAGCUGGAUAAGAAACAUUUUGCCAAACCUGCGCUCAAAGGGAAUCAAAACGGAGAUGCCAAAGCGAUGCAGGGGGCCGACAGUAGUGCUAAACAGAUUGCACUAACAGAGGCCAAAGUGAAGAAGCUCUGCAACUUACUUGAUGAGACAAUCGAAAGGACAAAGCAAAACGUUGUAAAGAAGCAGGCCAUGACGUAUGAAGAGAUGGAGGAAGAACACAAGGGGGAGGAAGAGCGGGCAGAGAUAGAAAGUGAUGAUGAAGAGGAGGAAGGUGGUUUUUACAAUCCACUGAACCUGCCAAUGGGUGUGGACGGGAAGCCUAUACCAUACUGGCUCUACAAGCUUCACGGCCUUGGCCAGAAAUUUAAAUGCGAGAUAUGUAGAAACAAAAUCUACAAGGGGAGAAGGGCUUUUGAGAGACAUUUUAAAGAGUCUCAACACCAAGAUGGAAUGCGUUGCUUGGGAAUCCCAAACACAAAGAACUUCAACGAGAUCACUUCUAUUGAGGAAGCGAAAGAACUGUGGAAGAGGAUCCAGGAGAGGCAAGGAGUUAACAAAUGGAGGCCAGAGGUUGAAGAAGAAUAUGAAGAUGGUGAUGGUAACGUUUACAACAAGAAGACUUACUCUGAUCUUAAACGUCAAGGUCUCAUCUGAUUGUUCACAAUUCAGAGACCAUUUGUCAAGUAUUGUCUUUACAUAAGCUCAACAACCUUUGUUUUGUUUUUUUCGAUUGACUAAUUACAAAUCAAGGAUAUUAAAUCGUUACAAAAGAGAAUUCUUUAGUCAUAUAAAUUUCAGAUUAUGCUUCUCACAAUUUGACAUUUUUGAUCAUUUACAUUUACAAAAAGUAUAUAAUAUUUUUUGAUUUCUCUAAUUGUUUGUCAUUUCCAAAGACAUCAUUUGUUCCCAUGUUUAGCUUUGUAGAAAUUCAUUAUAGAAUUUGUGUAAACCGUGAAUACAUAGUUAAAAAAAAGCCAAAGAAGCAAACAAAACUUGUAUUGAUUCAUCAUCUCCCAGCAAUUGAAA